UUUUUCUUUUUUUAAUUUAUUAGUUAGAGGUUAAAAUGAUAAUUUUUUAAUUUAAUCUAGAAUUAUAUUUUAUCUAUCAAACAAAAAUACUAAUUAUCUUAAGUUUAUAUCUUACCUAUCAAACCCAUAUAAAUAAUAAUAAUUUCACUCAAUCCAUAUUAUUUUAUCAAGAUUUUACUUAUUACACUUUAUCUAAUUUAGCAAAUUAUUUGUUGAUAUUUACAAUCUUAAGACUGAAAAUUGUAAAUAAAGAUAUUUGGUAGGACAAAACUGAAAAUUUUCCUUAAUUUGCAUUGGCACCAAAAACAGUUCAUACAUAAGAAACUCUUCAGCUGUCAGUUCUACUUUGCUAGUCUUUUCUAAUUCCCCAAAACAGUUGUUAUAUAUUCUAUACUUUUUGACAUCCUUCAAUUUCCCAAGUUAAUUGUUUAUCCCUCGACCUGUAUACUCCAAUUUGUGUAUCUACAAACCCUAAAUAGUGUUAAUUGCCGUUGUAUUAGUUAACGCAAGAUGAACCGUAGCAGCGGCGGCAACCGCCGUGGCGGUGGCAAUCGUGGCGGAGGACGGCACUAUGCCCCCAGAGGGCGAUCGGCGCAACCCACGCGUCAAUGGGUCGUUCGUGGGGCAGUUGGGGCUGGAGCUCAUCUGGAUGAUGCUUCUUCCGGAAGUGGAUCUUCCGAGAUUGGAAGGAGAAAUUCCGAAACAGCAUCCGUUGAUAGUGUAACAAGGAAGUUUGAUGCUAUGUCGUCUUCAGAAUAUCCAAGUGAACUCAACCCUGAAUCUCACGGAUCUCUUAACGAACCACCAAAUGAUGGGAAUUUGAAGGGAGUGCAAAAUGUUCCUGAAACAGAACCAACACUUCUGAAUGUAACUCCUAUUGGUCCCUGUGACGACAAUUACUUUCCUUCGUUACCAACAAACCCUGAGCUGAAUGAGAGCAGUACGAGUAUAAAAUCGAGGGAUCAGAAUUUAGAAAAUUGCAGUCCAUCACGCUUCAUUCCCACAUCUCCUGAGACAGUUGGUUGUCAAUUGUCUCCUGAGGUUCAAAGUGGGAAGACGACUUCUCCUGAGGGAACUAGUGGGGAAACUAAACAUGAUAGUCCUGAUUCGAAGCACGAUAAAUUUUCUUUUGAUAUCUGUGAGGAGAGAAGUAGUAAUCUUGUGAAGCUGAAAACCCCUCUGCUUUUGAAAAACAGAGCUAAGAGGAUAGAAGAACGCCGAAUGCAAGAAGACAAUAUAAAGGAUUAUAGGCCUGGCAUGAUUCUUCUGAAGGGUUAUCUUUCUUUAGAGGAGCAGGUCAAAUUGGUAAAGUCAUGCCGUGACCUUGGUAGGGGUCCUGGAGGUUUUUACCAACCUGGUUAUCGUGACGGAGCAAAGUUACACUUGAAGAUGAUGUGCCUUGGUAAAAAUUGGGAUCCCGAAACAAGUAAGUAUGGUGAUAAGAGGCCUGCUGAUCAAGCCAAACCUCCCCCUAUUCCCGAUGAGUUUCAGAGGUUGGUUAAAGGAGCAAUCGAGAAGUGCCAUCAGUAUUUAGAGUCAGAUCAUAAAAUGAUGAAAGCUAGAGCUAUACUUCCUCCAAUGUCUCCAAACAUCUGCAUCAUCAACUUUUACACAAAAAUGGGCAAGCUUGGUCUUCAUAAGGACAAAGAUGAAAGUCAGAAAAGUUUAAGGGAUGGACUUCCAGUAGUUUCUUUCUCUAUUGGGGACACUGCUGUAUUUCUGUAUGGGGACGAGAAGGAUGUCGACAAGGCAAAGAAAGUCGAACUGGAAUCAGGGGAUGUGUUGAUUUUUGGUGGCAAAUCUAGGGAUAUUUUCCAUGGAGUUAGUAACAUUUUAGCGGACACUGCUCCGAGAGGUCUUUUGGAUGAAACACAUCUAAAACCCGGUCGUUUGAAUCUCACCUUUAGAGAGUACUGAUGUGUACGUCCCGGUAUGUUGCUCCGUUACUUCCUCGUUUUCUUUGUUUUGAAGCGAACAAGAUAUUACAUUGAUAAAUGCAAAAGAGCUGCAAGUAUAGAUUGUGCAGAUAAUUUUUUUUCCACAA